UCUUCUAUCCCGGCCGGAGAGGAGCGCGAGGGAUAUCUAUAUAUAAGGCUCGCUCUCGUCUGCGCGGCGGCGAGCGCGCUGAAGCAUUGAGGGUUCCCCUCCGUGCGAGCCGAGGCGGGAGACUGCCGUGCGCGGGCCCUGCAGAAAUGUGCGACAUGGACUCCUACAAGGUUCUUCUGGAUGGACCAGCACCAUGGGGGUUCAGACUGCAAGGGGGCAAGGACUUCAACAUGCCACUCUCCAUUUCCAGGCUCACCCCCGGGGGCAAGGCAGCCCAGGCAGGGGUUGGAGUUGGGGACUGGGUGCUCAGCAUUGAUGGAGAGAGCACCAGCACUAUGACCCACAUUGAAGCCCAGAACAAGAUCCGUGCCUGUGGGGACAAACUUUCCCUCAGCUUAAGCAAAGUCCAGAAUCUCCUAGGCAGACCUCAGAAGGAUGCACUCCCUUCUUCUCAGCCCCCCAAAUACAACUUCACUCCCAGUUCUGCCCUCAACAAGACAGCGCGUCCCUUUGGAGUUAACCCUGCUCCAAACUCUGAGUCCGGGCGGGUGACGAAACCCGUGCGGUAUGUUCCCCCUGCAUCCGUCUGCACCACACAGCACAAUGGGGUGACUGCUCACCCACCUGAGGUGAAGGCUGCGUCCCCAAAUCACCCCCCACCUGAUUAUGGAGAUUACUACCUGGAGGACCAGCACUCUCUGCGGCUGGUGAGCCUGCCGGCUUUCUUCCCCAGCGAUGCCAGUAAAAAGAGACUUAUUGAGGACACAGAAGACUGGCGACCACGGACUGGGAUUACUCAGUCUCCUUCCUUCCGCAUUCUGGCCCAUCUCACAGGCACAGAAUUCAUGCGAGACCCAGAUGACGAGCAUCUUAAGGCGGCCAGAGAAAAGUUUGUCCUGGAACUCCGGAGCCCCCGUUAUACUCACCUGCGUGACUGGCACCACCAGCGAUCAGCUACCUCUCUGAACGUGGUCUAAGACGCGUAGACUGAUCCUGUCUUACUCUUCUGACUCGACCCUUCUGUUGAUUGUAAUGCAAUGCAGAUGUUAUAUAGGGAGGGUACAUUUCUGUCUGUUUCCUUCUGGCUGUUGAGUGUAACUUGAAAAUAGGAAGCCCCCGCAACUCCUGGAAUGUAAUGAUUGAUCUGUGCUGGAGAAUUACUUAGUUAGGAACUAGAAAUAAGCAGGAGGCUUUUCGUUUAUGGACUCACACUUGGAAUUCCAUGCCUCACUUCCUGUCCUCAAUGGAAAGAAACUUUAGAAUCCAGCUUUACCAUUGGAGAGGAGGAUUAGUUUCCCCCACCUUAAAGAAAUGUUCUGGAAGAAGGAAGCUAUUUCCACUGAAGUGGGAAUUAUUUCCUUGUAUACUCAUAUUCUACCAAUGGAAGAUCUUCUGGAUUUCUCAGACUGGCCUUGUUUUUAUGAACUGUCAAGAGUUUUCCCUUCUGGAUAAGCAUGACAGGAAAAGAUGGCAUCUUUAGCCAUUUGUUUUGUUUCGGUUCUAUUGAUGACAUUUAUAAACUAGCCUUCUCCCAAGGAAUGUAAGAUCACACGCAUGGCUCUCUGUCCUUUCCUCACAAUGCAGUCAGAUGAGCUAGGUGCAGCAAGAAUGGCUGGCCCAAGGAAAUAUAGCGCAAUUUGUGUAAGCAUUGGAGUUUGAACCUAAGUAUCCAAUACCAGAUAGUUCUCAGUUCAACCAAUUCGGCAUAGAAUCUCAGAAAAGUAAGGGCUGUACAGUCCACCUUUGCCACUUUCGGAUAUAGUUUCUCAGCACUGGAAAUGAAGACAGACUCUUCGCCAGAUAACCCCCUUCUGCCUCUCCACAACUGUUAGAGAAAAGGGUCUCCCCUCCCAUCUUCCACCCUGCCAUGGCUAUCCUUUUCCUCUCCUUGUUCCCUUGGCUAUGAGUGUUGGUUUGUGUUUGCUACCUUCAGGGAAGGACAGACAUUCCUCUCUGGGUGGGCCGAUGAGAUCUUGAGAGAUGGCAAGACUAUCUUGCUGCCCAUUAUUUGAUUGGAGAUGUCUAUUUUGCACUUGAUCUAUAUACCAAGGCGCCUUAAUUUGCAAAAGACCACCAUGUUUGAGGAGUGCGAUAGAGAUGAUCUUGCUGGGAUCAGAGCAGACUCCGGAAGAGGGGUGAAUUGCUCUGGGUCUCCUUCUGCAUCUAGAAUGUCCUUUUCCCUCAUGGGGGGCACAUCUGUUGGCUACGACUCUACCGUUGUGAGAGUUUUAUCAAUGUUUGGUCUACAUGCAUGAUGCAGAAUUCAACUAUUAUCUGUACAGUGCUAUCACCACCCACACUUGAGUGCCUGAAAUGUAGUUAAGACCGGAUGGAGACUCACUUACUACUUUCCAUUUUGUAGUAAAAAUAAAUGCUUCUAUUCUCAUAUCUGGCUUCUGCCUAUUUAUUAUUGUAUAGGCAACUGAAACUAGAGAUGCUGAGUCACUGGUGAACUAAGCCAAGCUGUGGGUGAGGAAUUGUUCUUCAGUGCAGUAUCAGUCUAUGUGUCAUCUGAAAGGUCACUUAAGAUGCAGUUGAGAAAGUGGUCUCCACUCACUUGUAAGCCUGGGAGUUUUCUUAUUUUUUGGUGCUGGUUGACAUCUGUCUCCAUGCCCUGAGGGUUACGUCUGGAAGCACUAGAGGCUUGAUGGCCUCCGUGGCAACUGGCAACCACAGGCUUGUCCCAACGACUUCUGCUCCUAUGCAUGCAGAUGGGCCUAAUUGAACAUUAAUUUUCCUCACAAGGGUUGGGCUGUUAUCCUAUAUGUGGAUGGUUUAUUUCUCUCUCUGUUGUGAUCAGGUCAUUUCCUGGUCCAUUUGAGAUGUCCUGCCACUGAGGACUUCUGUGGACUAUUAUUAGAAUGGCCUGUCCAAGACAGGUUUCUGAGAGGUUCUUGAGAAAUUUCUCUGCACCCGAUAGGCAGUUCCAUUUAUUGCCAGGUUCACCUCUGGCAUCAGGAGGGUGAUUCAGCUUCCUUGACAAGAUUGCAUUCACUACUCCUAGAGUACAUCUUAGAUUAUUGAGGAACUCCAGAAGAGAUGAAACAGAAAAUGUGACACUUGGAGCGUUGAUGGAGAAAAUUUUACAAGGACUCAACCUGAGUGUGGGUGGGAGAUCAAACUCAAGCCUUUAUCAUGGCAGUAAAGAAGUGCAGUUCUCCAUUGUUGCAUGUUAGUCUGUUUGUUUAUAUCUUGCCUUUAUUAUUUUUACAAAUCAUUCAAGGUGGGGAACAUGUGCACCUUCCUCUUUCUAUUUUCUCACGACCACAACCCUGUGAGGUGAGCUGGGUUAAGGAGAGAGUGAAUGACUGCCUAAGGCACCCAGCUGCCUUUCAUGGCUAAAGGGGUGUCUAGAACUCACAGUCUCUGUUUUUUAGCCUGAUGCUUUAAUUAUUAGACCAAACUGGCAUUGGUGGACUGUUGAUUAGUAGCAUCAUUUAGUAAGUCUAGGGCUUUCUUGGGGAGCAUGAGUAGGUGUAGUUGCCUCCUAGCCAUUGUAGCUGUUUCAUACAGCAUUUUCUGAUAUAUUGACUCAAAGUUGCUGACGUUUUGACUCUUUAUGGUGGAUGUCCAAUGAGGUGACUCAGGUGAUACCUUACCAUAUUAUCCUUUUGGCCUGUAGACUCUUGAUGAUGUAACCUCUUGAUACACUGUGGUACUCACACGCCCUCACUUGCUUUGCAAGGUACUGGUGAGAGCAUAAUUGGCUGGAUUUGGAAGGUGGCAAUGCCAGCAGUUUUGGAGGAGGCUUUGCUGGAGCUUCUCCUUAAUAGAUUGUCCCUGCAUCUGGUUAUUUUUGACAGCUAUUUGACACCUCUUUUUAGGGAACGCUUUUGAGUGGGCGGUUGGGAACAGUUCUUACACAAUCAAAAACAAACAACCUGAUGCCACAUUUGGCUGUUAUCAAAACAUGGAUCAAAUGGAAACUUCCCAUUCCACCCAAAAGAGAGUCACUUGCAGGCAUGUACACUAAGCAGGUAGGAAUUUAAAUACUGAUUAGACUACAAGUAGAAAUUGCAUUGAACACUCAGCAAUUGCUGGAAUUCUUUUGCCAUGGCUUCUUAGACUUUCCGCAGUAAGUCUCAUGUUAUCAUACCUUUGGGUGAUUGUUUAUCUGUUCUAGUCCAGUCCACUGGGAAGAAGUUAGUCAAGGAUUCCAGUCUAGAAGACCAAUCUAGAAGAAGCAGAUUAUUUGAAUGUAUUUCAGUUAAAGUUCAGUUUUGAGCAUAGGACAGAGAUGGAGUUGGACUCAAACUGAUGGUUUUAUUGAGAUUUGCACAGAAGUAGUGGAUCCUUUAAAGGGACGCGGUGGCUCAGUGGCUAAGACACUGAGCUUGUUGAUCAGAAGGUCGGCAGUUCAGCGGUUCAA